AUGGCAGUUCUCAGUGCUAGCACACUCCUGCUGCUUCUGCAAGAUGCAGUCAGAGUCGGUACCCUAGUCGCCCUGCUUUUGCUAGCUAGAGGCGUACUAUGGCUCGCCCAUAUGAUGGUCAUUGCGCCACCAUUCGAUCCAUUGAGGAAGCUCCCUGGACCUGAUGCACCUGCGCUCCAAAAUCACUUUCGGGAAGUCAUGGACCCGAACAUCAGCCCCGAUACUCAUCAUGACUGGGUCGGACGGUACGGCAAGAUGUUUCGCUUCCAUGGUUUUGGCAGACACGACUACAGAUUGAUGGCAUUCGACUUUCGUGCCCUGUCCCACAUCCUCAACUCGCCGAUCUACGAAAAACCGUGGCAAACGCGUACUUUCAUUGCCCGUCUGCUCGGAAGAGGCGUGUUCUCUAUGGAAGGCGAGGAACACAAGAUCCAAAGGCGUGUCAUCGCUCCAGCGUUUUCAACCUCUUCCGUAAAAGCAAUGGCACCCAUCUUCUUUCAGAAGGCCGAAGAGCUCAGGGACCGAUGGCUCGCCCUCAUUCACACCUCCUCAACAUCACCAACCGCCGUCCAGCAACAGCAACCCAUUCCUUCAACAAACAAGGCCGGUCAAUCCGUGAUUGAUAUAUCCCACUGGGUUGCCCGCGCAACAUUUGACGUUAUCGGCCUUGCGGGAUUCGACUACCACUUCCACGCCCUCCAGGAUGAAUCCGAGGACGUGUACUUGGCAUAUCGCAAGAUGUUUAAUGUGCAGGAUAAAGGGCCGGGUCUCAAGGCCAUUGUGUCGCUGUUCUUCCCGAUCAUCAACACGCUCUUCCCCGACGAUGGAUUGCGUACAACGAAAGAAAGUCUGCGCACUAUCAACGAGGCUGGCAAGCGACUCGUAGCGAAUAAGAAAGCCGCGAUCUUGGCAGAAAAGGCCAGCGCGCAAGAUAUAGACGACAAAGACAUCCUGAGUCUCCUCAUUAAACAGAACCUCUCUGAAGAAUCCUCUAAGCGGCUCUCUGAUGUUGAACUACUAGACCAACUCUCCACAUUCCUUUUUGCCGGCUCCGACUCGACCGCUCUAUCCAUCUCAUGGUGCCUGCACCUCCUCUCCCUCAACCCAGAAAUGCAAACACGCCUCAGGGAAGAAAUCGCCUCUCUUUCCAUCGCCUCACCAACUGGAGCUUCUCCUACGGGUGGCGCGCUGAAGGCGGAUUGCAUACCGGAUUCCGGGUUUGCGGAAACGUUCUCCCCUCUUCCCGCUCCGCCUACGCACCCAUCCUCGACCAUCCCGAGUGAUUCAUCUGCGGCUCACUGCGACGCCAUAGACGCGCUCCCCUUCCUCGACGCCGUCGUGCGCGAGACCCUGCGGCUGUGCCCGCCCGUGCACGGCAUCAUCCGCGUCGCAACGCAGGACGACCUCAUCCCCGUCUCGAGCACCGUGCACAUGCGCGACGGCCGUGUCCUCUCCCAGGACGAGCACAUCAAGAUCAAGAAGGGGAGCUACAUCCACGUCCCCAUCGAGGGCCUCAACUUCUCUGAGGACGUGUGGGGGAAGGACGCGCGCGCGUUCAACCCCGAGCGCUGGACGGCGCUCCCGGCGUCGGCGCGCCACCCCGGGCUCGCGGGCGUGAUGACGUUCUCGUUCGGCCCCCAUUCGUGCCCCGGGUGGAAGUUCACAAUUCUGGAGAUGAAGAUCUUCAUUGCGAGUAUACUGCCGCACUUUGUGUUCUCGCCGGCGGAGGGCGUGGAGAUCAGGAAGUUCAACGCUAUUCUGACGAGGCCGUACGUCAAGGAUCAUUGGGACGAAGGAACCAAGCUGCCGAUCACCGUCACCCCAUAUUGCGGAUGA